UUAGGGCAUCUGUAGUCUGGUCAGAGGGGCGUGGUUAGGGUCGGCUAUAAGAGACGACUCUCAAGGGGCUCUCUACAGUGAGGUCAGAUCCAUACUGACGAUUCCAUUGGUUCCUGGAAAGGGAAGAAAGACCAGAGCGGAGCCACCAGGACAGGUUAUUAAUCAUGGCGACUACACUGGAAAUCAUCGGUGGACGGAAAGGCGUAGGAUUUGAGUUCACCGGCCGUGACAAUGGCGCCACCCUGAAGAAGAUCGGUGUGGCAGUGGGCGGCUCACAGAUCAAAGCUGUGCGGGCAGAACUGACCGAAGGGUGUGUGCAGACCUUUGGAAAUGCAGUCACUUUCAGUGAGUUUACGUUUGAACUUGGCGAACGCAUCACCAAGCUGUCCCUGUGGGGGAACGGUGCCGGGACACGUCUGGGUGGCAUCAGGUUCUGGACGAGUUCUGGACGCGAAUUCUUCGAGUACAUGAGUGACUGGGGCCUGAAGACCGAGUACUCCAUCGAUGUGGGGUCUGGAGUCUGCCUGGGGUUGGAGGGGAGAGCUGGCUCAGACAUCGACUCAAUGGGAUUCCUCUUCAUCAAUGCCAUCAAGUCGUCUGUGCUAACCGACAUGACCUAUCCCAGCCUGGCCGUGUACACACCCCAGGUAAACAAAGAAUAUAUAAAGUCGCUGAAAUAUAAAAACGGCACUACUGCAGAUCAAGAGGAUAAAUUUACGUACAGCAGUUCUGUGACCAAGUCUACCACCUGGAGCACCACCAAUAAGAUUGAGUCCACCGUCAGCCUGACUGUUACAGCAGGGAUCCCGGAACUGGUGGAGGUGUCUGAUGUGUUUAGCUUGACCCUGGGAGCGGAGCAGACCUCCUCAAUGACCAAAGAAGAGACCAUAACCGAAUCAGAUGAGGUCACUGUGACGGUCCCGGCAGGAAAGAUUGUGAAAGUUGAGGCGUCAGUGGGACGAGCAGUCAUCGACCUCCCCUACUCGGCCACAUUGAAGAUCACAUGCCUGAAUGGCAGAGAGCUGCAGUUCCAAACCACCGGCAACUACAAUGGUGUGGCUUACACUGCAGUGGAUGUAAAAACCACUGAGUCUUAAAUAUGUGAAGAAAAUCGAAUAAGAUGCAUCAACAUCUUACUGUAUACAGUUUUAAUAUUGAUUGCAUAACAUUGGUUUGAUUGCUAAUGUAGAGUGACUGUCGCAGAUAAAUAAAUCAUAAUCAUAAACCUG